GUGUUGUUUGCCUCUCUCAGUGAGCUCACUCUCAUUCGCAGAUGUCCAGAGGCGGUCGAACGGAAAACGGUGGUGGUGCUAGAAUGAAACGCGAGGGCAGAAGCAGAUCACGCAGUCCACGCAAGGGAGACCAAAAAAGAUUUGCAGCUGGAUUUCUUAUCAGAGGGAUGGUGAAAGAGCACGCACGCUUUACGUGCUUGCUUCUGUAUCAACUCUUUCCAUUGGAAAGAAGGAUAUAUAUGGAGCUAUAUCGCAAUCACUCAAUGAGGCCGUGA